CCUUGCUCCCUAUGUGCACGGGCCAAGGUAACUUGUCGUCAGCUCCCUGUUCCCCAGAGGCCCAAGGAUAAAAAUCGCAUCGGCUGUGCAAAGCCGCCAGCGGCAGACUAUGACAUCAGCAGCAAUGAUUGAUAGUGAACCACAAUAUACUGAUGGCAACUGCCCAUCUACGUCCAGAACUGAGAGAAAUGACACACAGCUAUCUGAGGAGAUGCAUCAGGCGCAUUUCUUGAUGGAAUAUGGCGAAGCAGAAUCUACAAUGGGUAUCGCCCAAAAAAUCUAUGAGCUGGACAAGCAGGUCAUCGAUGAACAAUCCACUUCCGCCAUUCCAGGAUCCCGGACUAGCACGGGUGUUGCUGACCGGCGCGCUGCAGCCGGAGGUCAGCGACGUCCUAUUGCAUCGAUUCUGGGACGGCAUUUGCCUUCCCAAGAUGUCACCUAUUCUUUACUCGAGGAAUACUUUGACACAGUUCACUGGUUUUCUCUCGUUAUCUACGAGCCAACUUUCCGUACAAGACUACAGUCUAUAAUAGAUGGGUUCGCUCAUCCUUCUCAGAAGUCAUUCUUACUUCUUUUGACAGUCAUGCUGGGGAUGAGCGCAUGGUAUCGAUCACAAAGAAUCGUCACAGAUGCAGCCGAUAGUAUUAAGUGGCGGAAAUUGAGUGCCGAUCUCAUGAGUCUUGUCGAACUGCAUGUUGUAGAGUUGAUGGACGAGUCUUCAGUGACAGCAGCUCAAAUUCUAAUUCUAUUUGGGUCGCACCAUGUUUAUCAUGGUCGCCCAAACUUGUCGUUCUCUCUGCUCGGUGCAACUAUCAAAAUGUCCCAGGCUGCUGGGCUACAUCGAGAAUCUCCUGCAGGAAAGCUUGAGGAGAUUGAGGAGCGGAAGCGAGUGUGGUGGACAAUAUAUACAUGGGACCGAUUUGCUUCCAUCACGUACGGUCGGCCAUUGGGAAUUAAUGAUAAGGACUGCAAUCUCAGCAUGCCGGCGGAUAAUUUGGAGAACCCAUAUUUUACUGCACCCGAUUCGGAGCAAGGAUACGCCAUCUGCUAUUCUCCAUAUCAGAGAGAAUUAAACACCCUCUAUCUAACGGCAUCUCCGGCUCUGGAGUUCAUUUUCGGCUCGCGCACUUCGGGUUCCUCUAAGGCAUUGACCGGGGACGUUUACAUUGAACUAGUGAAAGAAGCGACCCAGAAUCUCCAGAAGUGGCAGAACAAUCUUCCCGACCACUUGACUCUGGACUUUGACCGAGAUUUCGAAAUUGAUAGUGGGCCGAGUGCAAGAGCGCAUGCACUACAAUCCCUGUCGUUGCAAUUAACCUACGACAAUGUUCUCAUUGUCCUCCACCGGCCGUUACUGGCAAGGCAAGUCAGGCAUCUGUCAAUAAGUCAUCCCACUUCUGGGGCAAGGCUUGGAACGGAAUCUCCCAUUUCACACCCUGAAGCAGGCUCACCAGCUCAGAAGCUGUCACCGUUCGAAGCCAUGUCCCCGAAUGAGCCGGUCAAAAGUUCAAUGCAUUGGUGGAAUGCUGCCCUCAGGACAUCGCGCGUCACAGAAGUGCCGGUACUUGCUCAGCUUGCAACAGAUAGCCAUCUUGUCGCCUUUCUUGCCAUCAAUAUAUUCCAUGCUGCAAUCGUACUGGCAGUCAUGGCCCUAUCAGACCCAUUAUCAGAUUCAACCCAAGUGGCGAAGCGUACAAUCACCCGGAUCUUACGUCUACAGAGCCUUUUGGGUGAACGGUCAGCUUUAUCAAGACAAAGUACGACCGUCUUGAAAAAUGUGGUUACUCUGAUUCUUCGCCGUGAAUCGGAGGCCAUCCUGGCUCCAGUCACAGGAAACAGUCAACAGGAAGGGCACACGUCAUCUAUGGGAUCUGCGUCCAUAUCCGUGGAAGACACCCUACGACUGCCCCUGGAUGCCCCAAUAACUCAGACCGAUAAUUCAUUACGGCGGCCGACAUGGCCAGACUAUGGCAGGAUGCAUCGGUUGAAUGAGAGUCUAGCAUCAGUUCAAAAUGUUAUUCCUUCUGGCAGGGAUGGUAACCUCCAUGACACACACGGCGCAAGAGACAGUCAAGAACAGCUGCCUGAUACUCAGGAGCACGCCCCAGCUGAGAACUCGUGGCAUGGGUCGUUCGAGAAUAACUGGAAUGACACUAGCUUCCCCUUGGAAGUUCCAGAUAUCGCCUCAGAUGCCUUUGGUGACAAUGGACUGUACUGGCUAUGGGACAUGUCAUGGGCCGGAGUGGAUCCAUGAAGCUAGCAAAUCUAUUUAACACGCAAAGCGUCCUACAG